AUGUUUUGCAUAUUAUGCCAAGUACAACAAAACACGCACAUCACCAACGAUCCUGAAAGCAAUAUGAAGAAUUCGUUCAGACAAGAGUAGUUAGUAGAAACUCGAAAAGUACAUUCUUAUUAAAACAUUUAGUUUACGGAACGAUUUGUGUGUUUUAAACAAAUGAUGUAAACAAUGACACUACUCUACAUAUUGACUUUUGUGGGAUUCCUCGUACAAAUUUGCUUCAUAACAUUGGCGAUAGCGGCCGGUCUCUACUAUCUAGCUGAAUUAGUCGAAGAGUACACGGUAGCUGCGAAGAAACUGAUAUCAAUUUUGAUCUUAGCAACGACGAUCAUCUACAUCUUGUUUAUAUUUUUCGAUAAUUUACCCUGGUCCAUGAUAUUGUGUGGACUAUUCGCUCAGCUAUGUCACGGUAUGAUUAUGACAAGUUUUCCGUACGUGCAAUUUACGUCGAUACCUUUCAUCGGAUCCUGCAUCAUGCUGAUAGUUAACCAUUGGUUAGCUUUCACAUACUUCUCUAGCGUUUGGUAUCAGUUUUCAGAGAUCUUGGCGUACUUUACAUUAUGUCUUUGGGUCGUUCCGUUUGCUUUAUUUGUAUCAUUAUCAGCGAAUGAUAAUGUACUUCCAACUGUAAAUGAGCGGUCGCCGCUACUGAAUGACAACGACAUAGUCACAAAUUAUUUCUCGAACAAAGGUAAAAAACUUGGCCUUCUAUCCCUUUUCAACUACGCUAAAGAGUCGAUUCUGCCUCAACGUAACAAAAAGUCAUAUUAGUUAUUAGUCGAAAAUUGUGUUUAUAUUAUUUAUGUAAUCAUUCUUGCCCCCCCCCCCCCUAGUGUUUAAGUAAUUUAU